AUAACAUAUACUUUGUAGAUUAGCUUAUUCGCAAUGAAUUCGCUAGUAGACUCAACCAAUAUAACGAAUAUAACUGACAUGGAAGAGUUCCUUCACUGGUCACCAGAAGUGAGACCUUUGAUGUUACUGCUCGGUUUCACGGUAAUUCUGACGGGAACUGUUGGUAAUCUUUUGGUCGUCUAUGCUUCGUUUAUUCGCAAGGUUAUGAAGAUGGAGCGAGUAUCUUUACUGUUCUUGAGAUGGCUAGCAAUAACAGACUUCCUGAUGAGCUGGACUAUUUAUGUUCCUGUGUUCAUUACCAUAGCUAGCAAACGCUGGUUGUUGGGAGAAUUUGCCUGCUUUUAUGUAGGUAACAUGAGUUAUGCUCUGGGAGAGGUGGAAGUGUUGAUCGUGAUGGGUAUGUCCAUUUAUCGGGCCUGGAUGAUAACCAAGUCUCGGAGCGAGAGAGGCUGGAUUAAAGAUUACCAUAUCUAUGGGGCAUUGGGCCUGUUAGCGUUAUUGGCGUUUUUGCUGCCUGUCAUUAUGAAUAUUUUACCAGGACCAAGUUAUGCUUUCUACGACCCAUACUCAGGAAACUGCCUUCCUAUAGUUCAGUUCAGAAAAGAGGGAAUACUUCUGGCAGGACUGUAUCUUACACCACCUCUAAUUCUUACUUUCGUCUGUAACAGCGUCAUGAUGUGUGUAAUGAAGUAUCAAGGUAGAAACCUAAAAGGUAACACUGCAGCCUACCAAAAAACCUACAUUACCCUUACCCUCAUCUACUGGUCUAUGAUGUUCUCGUACAUUCCUUUAUUUAUACAAAGUAUAGCAGGAUAUGCAGGUGCCCAAUCCCGAAUAUUGCCAGAUUGGUUUUAUUUGUUUAGAAUAUACAUGAUGUCACUUAACGUUGUGAUCAACCCUUUUAUUUAUAUGGGAACGAUGAACGGUUUUAGGAGGUUUGUAGUCAAUAUUUUGAGUUGUAAAUCAAGUGUAACAACUGACAUUUAUGAAACACGAACGACUUCUGCGGUAGAUUCGUAGAGUAGCAUGUUUGUGUGGUCCUUAAGAGGGACAAUGUGACAGUUUUCAUUUGAGUUUUUUAUUAUCGAUGAUAUAUUAUACAGAGUUCCAAUCCAAAAUUAUCUUUUUUGCG